AGCUACUAGUUUUGGAAAAAAGAAAGAAAGAAAAAAAGCUAAGCUCAUAGCCUAAACCCCCAGAGGUGAACCUCCUCUUCGCCUAUACCCGAAGCCGAAGGUCCUGAAACUCCAAGCCCAGUCGCUGCCACACCGCCGCCGACUCCACCUCCGCCGGCGGUCCCCUCUCCUCUAGCUCUAUAGCAAGAAGAGGCAAAACAGCUUCUCAUUCUCUAAUUGUGCAAAGAGGCCAAAAUCAAUGGCUACCUUAAAGGAAAUCCUAACGCGACGGCCUGUGUCUGCCACCAUCCGUCUGACUGUACCAGCAGGAGGUGCUCGUCCUGCACCCCCAGUUGGUCCAGCACUAGGGCAGUACCGGUUGAACUUGAUGGCAUUCUGUAAGGACUUCAAUGCCCGGACCCAAAAGUACAAGCCCGACACCCCUAUGUCUGUAACCAUCACCGCCUUCAAAGACAACACAUUCGAGUUCACAGUUAAAUCGCCAUCAGUUUCUUGGUACCUAAAGAAGGCAGCCGGGAUUGAAUCAGGAAGCAGCCGUCCAGGCCACGUGAUUGCAUCAACACUGCCACUCAAGCAUGUCUAUGAGAUUGCCAAAGUGAAGCAAUCGGAUCCUUAUUGCCAGUACAUGUCGUUGGAGUCUAUUUGCAAGUCCAUCAUUGGUACUGCAAAUACUAUGGGGAUUAAGGUUGUCAAGGACUUGGAGGAGGAUUAAAUCAUUGAUUCAGAAUCUUUGUCCAUUUCCAAAGGUAGGUUUCAAGGUCAUAAACUUUUGUUUUCUUCCCUUUUUAGAAUUUGCUGCUGAGGAAAGGUACAUCUUCUUGGUUUACUUGCAAGCCCUAUGUUUGGUGUGCAUGUAUUUUUGAACUAUCUUGAGUAAUUCUAGGGUGGGUUUCUGCUCCUUGGAAUUAGAAGAAGCAACUUCCACCUCUAGAAUGAAAUGUUAGAAAGAGAACUGUUUGGUAAGUAAAGCAUAGGGUUGGUCAGUUUAUCUUUGAGCCAAAUGAUUGUUUAGGUUAACCAAGGGGAUUAUGUUAAGUGGUCAAAAUAUGGUUUACUCCAAUGAGAUUUGGGGUUUGAUCACUCAAAAUAAUACUGUUUGGAUACAUUUGAGGAUUUUUUUUA